CCUUCCGCUGCCGGCCAAUCAGAAGACGGGGUGUCAUUUCUCGCCCAAUCGGGAGGGGCGGUUUGGCGUCAGCGCGACGGAACGCCCGGUUUCUGUGAUGCACCAGCUCGGGGCCGGUGCCAUUGGCUGCAGCUGGCCCCGCCCCGCGCCCCUCAGAGUUGGGGGGGAGGGAAAGGCCGUCUCUUGUCUGUGCCUCUCGAUCUGUUUACUCCUCGCGCUUGGUCCCCAGCGGCGGCUGCGGCAGCGCUGAGUGGGUGGCAGCAGCAAGAGCUGGGCCGGCGGCGCGGAUCGGCACCCUCCUCCCUCCCCCGCAACAUCAGCAGCCGCCCUCCUUAGCCGCGGGAAGGUCUCAGCGCCGCCGCUGCGGGACGCUCAGGCCGGCAGGGAAAGAGAGAGCGAGAGCGAGAGAGGGGGGGAAGGCGCUGGGAGAGGGCCAUGAAGACGGAGAUCUCCACGGCGGCAGGCUUCAUCACCCGCCUGCUCAGGACGCCCGGCGGCAUCGGCGACGAGGAGCUGCGCUGCUUCAGCGAGUCCCUGCAGGAGGCGCUGCGAGACCAUUAUAAGCACCACUGGUUCCCCCUGAUGCCCUCCAAAGGCUCAGGGUACCGCUGCAUCAGGAUCAAUCACAAGAUGGACCCCUUGAUAAGAAAAGCAGCCGGCAUGAUUGGACUCAGCCACGAGAGACUCUUCCAGCUCCUGCCCAGCGAACUAACUCUUUGGGUUGACCCCUUUGAGGUGUCCUAUCGUAUAGGAGAAGAUGGGUCCAUCUGUGUCCUCUAUGAAGGCCCUCAGCCGGCAGUGAAGAAUGCCAAAGCUCUUGAGAGCAGGAGCAGCUGUAAAGAGGAGUGGAGAAUUGGCAGAGCCAGCCCUUCCAAGAACUACAACAUGAUGACAGUUUCCAGUUAAAAAAUUAACAUUCCCUGUACAAUGAUGUAUGUAUGUAUCCCACUUUGAUAAUGAAGUUAGAUGAUGUAAUUGAUAUGUUGAUUUUCACCCCAUAGUCAUUAAAGUUGUAGUAGUACUGCCAAAUUCUUUGUUUUGUGGCCAAGGGCUAAUGUAUAAAAAGCAGUUCUUUAACUGUGUACUUUUCUGGAUUGUAUACUGUAAAUGAAAUUGUACAGUCAAGAUGAUUGUUUUACAGAUUUAUAUUUUGGAAAAAAAAUCCUUGGCUAUUUGUAAUAAAAAUGAAAGUAAUUUAACUCA